GUGAAAAAAAAAAAGAAAAAGAAAAAAGCUCACCAAAACAAAAGCAAGCCCUUCAACCAAGUCCAAGAGAAAGCGCAGAAAAAAAAAAAUAGAAGUCAUUCUUCAUAUAAACAUACUACACAAUCAAUCGUUCUCUCUCUUCUUCUUGGUCUUUGUCGUUAGAGGCAGGUGGUCAUGGCUAACAACGCGGCAGCAUGUGCUGAGAGGGCAACUAGUGACAUGCUCAUUGGUCCAGAUUGGGCUGUAACCAUGGAGCUAUGCGACGUUAUAAACAUGGAUCCAGGCCAAGCUAAGGAUGCUUUGAAGGUCCUCAAGAAGCGCCUGGGCAGUAAAAAUCCAAAAAUACAGCUGCUAUCACUUUUUGUAUUGGAUUCUCUCAGCAAAAAUUGUGGUGAGCAUGUUUUUCAGCAGAUUGUGGAGCGCGAUAUCUUGCAUGAAAUGGUUAAAAUAGUAAAGAAGAAGCCUGACUUGAAUGUCAGGGAAAAGAUACUUAUUUUGAUAGACACAUGGCAAGAAGCCUUUGGAGGAUCUAGGGGGAGGUAUCCUCAAUAUUUUGCGGCAUAUAAUGAAUUACGGGCUGCUGGCGUUGAAUUUCCUCCUCGAGAAGAGAAUAGUGUUCCAUUAUUUACUCCACCUCAGACCCAUCCAGUUACUCACCAUCCUGCUUCAGCAUAUGAAGAUGCCGCUAUUGAGGCCUCUCUACAGUCUGAUGCUUCUGGUCUUAGCUUGCCAGAGAUUCAAAAUGCUCGUGGAUUAGCAGAUGUAUUAAUGGAAAUGCUUAGUGCUUUGGAUCCCAAGACCCCUGAGGCUGUGAAGCAAGAAGUGAUUGUAGACCUUGUUGAUCAAUGCCGUUCUUACCAAAAACGUGUCAUGCUGCUUGUGAAUAAUACUACGGACGAGGAACUUUUAUUUCAGGGGUUGGCACUAAAUGAUAAUUUGCAGCGUGUUCUUUGUCGGCAUGAUGACAUUAUGAAAGGAAACACUGUUACCACAGGAGCAGUGGUAGAAACUCCUGUUGUGCCACUUGUUAAUGUUAACCAUGAGGAUGAUGAAUCAGAAGAUGAAUUUGUUCAGCUGGCUCACAGAUCAUCUAGGGAUAAUUCUCAAGGACAGGGCAGGAGAGCACCUAACAAUGAGCCUGGGCGAGUUGGUCCACUUCUUCCUCCACCACCAUCAUCAAAAAGGCCAGUUGCCAGAAAUGCAAGCAUGGUUGAUUAUCUUAGUGGUGAUGCCUACAAAUCUGAGGAUUCCCCUGAAAGAAGUGAACCUACGCCUUACUCUGUUCCAACUCAUACAUACGCAAACCCCUCCCCACAGUUGAUUUCAACUGUAGCUCCAUCGUCACCUCCUUCCCGUUCUGUUGACUCUGGAUCCUUGCCUGUGUUCAGUGGACAGCCUAUUUAUGACAAACCAGGUUCCUUGAGCAAAUCUGCUGAUGCUGAGCAGCUUCCGCCAGCUCCCUGGGACAGUUCUACAGUAAACCUACCGCCACCACCAUCUAAGUAUAAUCAGAGACAGCAAUUCUUUGAGCAACAGCACAGUUAUACUGGUGGAGCUUCUCAUUCCAAUAAUGGAUCAGGUUCCUCUAAUGACAGCUUGGUUGGACAAACUCAAAAUCUCUCUCUUAAUUCAUCGACCCCAAGCGAACAAGUAAAACCAGAAGAUGCUCUCUUCAAAGACCUCGUUGAUUUUGCAAAAGCCAAGUCGUCUUCAUCAUCCAAACCCAAUAGGUCAUUUUGAUCAGCCCGAGUAGUCAGCUUCGUUUUGAGUGGUACAGCUUGUGAACAGUUGUUAGGUUAUCAGUUUUUUGUAUUAGAUUAUGAGUUUUCAUGUUAUUAAAUAAACGUGGGUUCUAAACAUUGCUUAUGGUUUGUCUGUGCUGUUUAUUGGUUUAAUUUUGAGACAAACUGCUCAUUGGAUAUAUUCAUAUAUUUUACAUAUUUAAAUACUGGGAGUAUCAUUUUUUGA